CUCUUACCACCUAUUUACCCAACAGUGGCCUUAGCUUGGGUUACAUGAAUUUGAGACCAAGCUAAGUUCUGCAUAACAAUGGCUUCCUCCAUGUUGAAGAUCAUUUCUGUAAUGCUUGUGAUUCUCUGGGCACAAGGUGAAUGUUUUGCUCAAGGUCCAAGUUAUCAGGAACUUAUGGAUGUAAAUGUAGAGGGGGAGUUAUUUGAGCCUGCAGAAAAACAAGUCCAAAUGAUGAUGCUGGUAAAUGAGACAGAGAGGAGAAGAAAUCUGGGGAGCUUUCAAUUAUGUUCGGUGUGUACUUGCUGUGGAGGGUCCAAGAAAAAGUGCGUCUCUUCUCCCUGCUGCUACAAAAUUGUUUGUAACAUACCCAAUAAGCCAUUUGGCUUAUGUUCAUUCACACCCAAAGCUUGUAAUUGCCUUGGAUGUCAUCUUUGACAUUACAUUGUUUGCUUAGCUACUACAAGAGGAAGCUGUUUUUCUCAUGUAAGAAGUUUAUGACCAGCAUAAUUAUUUAUAUGUUUCAAUGAUAACCCUUAAGCCAUUUGGCUUCAAAUGGCUUAUGUUUAUUCACACCCAAGCUUAUAAUUGCCUUGGAUGCCAUUAGGCACUUAUGUUUAUUCACACCCAAGCUUAUAAUUGCCUUGAUGCCAUUGUUUGCCUAGCUAGUAGGAGAGGAAGCCAUUUUUCUCUCAUGCAAGAAGUUUAUGACCAGUAUGCUGAAGUUUUACAGAUAAAGUUCAUUAUUUAUAUGUUUCAUUGAUAGCCCAUAAGCCAUUUGCUUUCUGUUUAUUCAUACCCAAAGCUUGUAAUGGCCUUGGAUGCCAUAUUUGAUGUUACAUUGUAUGCCUAGCUUAUUAUAAGAG